CACAGCUGUCUGCUCGUCCCGGUGCAAACAGCCUGUUGCCCCUUGUCUUCUUAACCUCGGUGGCUCAGCGGCUUCGAAUCAACGUUUCACUUUGAUUGUCAGGAAAUGCGCAUCAGUGACUAUAUUUUUUUUACGACUGGAGCGAGCUUGAGAACUUCCUCGUCUCAUUCCGUUGCUCCUCCAGCGACCUGCAGUCAGCAUGUCCUCCCAUCUCCACGUCUCCGGAGUGAGGUUCAUCGAAUAUCUGAGAACUUCUGAGGAGAGAAUCAGCGUCCACAUGCUGCGAGACUUCUACAAUGAGUUUAGAGGAAGAGUUCACCCCAGCUUCUCCAAAGUCCUCAAUGCUCUGGUGUCGUCCAACAAAAUCUUCAUAGAACACAGCAUUGUCUACCUAAUAGAUGAACCUCAGCCCAGAGAGUACUGCGACCAGCGGCGGAGGCCUCGGGCCCCUCGGCGGCAGAACCCCAUCUGUGGCCCUGAGGAACCAGCUGCACCCUCCCCUGGCCCCUCCACCGCUGUGGCCCCCGCGCUGACCUCCAGGAACCUGGCCUCAAGGGUCCUGAAGGAGUUACAAGUUAACAGGAAAAUGAUGAUGGCCGACAAGAAGGGCAUCGAGAUCACCUCAAACCCAGAGUCAAGCGAGGGCAAGGUUCAGUACAUCGUGGAAACUCUCAGAGAGAAGUUCCUUAUCAGGUUCCACAUUGAAAAUAAGGGCCCGGACGCCAUCAACUUCACCUACUACACUGCCCUGCCCAGGAACCGCUGCUUCACUCUGGAGGACGAGAAGAGAGUCACCAGAGCCUGUCCCGUCUCCCUCAAUCCUGGAGAAAGUUAUGAAGUUGUGGCUCGGUACAAGCUGAAAUAUCAUGGAUAUUUCUCUGCCAUGAUUUACUUUGAGUUCUUGCCAGUUGAUACCAAAUCGGCGUCUGAUUCCUUCUCCAUCGUGAGGGAGAUGGUCGCUGCUACCAGGACCCCUCUGGCUGCGGAGCUGGGGCCCGUGGCUCCUUACGAACCCCUUCGGAGGUUCGCACACAAGCCGGGCGCAACCAUGUUAGUGCAGGUAGAGUUUCCUGAGAGGCACAGACACGUUUACGUUGUGGAGGAAAAAGUUAAAUUAGGAGACUACAAGUGCCCUCAAUACCUAAAGAGACUGGUUAAACAAAACCUGGAGGAUUCCGAGAACCUUUCUCCAGCUGACAGAUCCAAACUGGCAACAGUGAAGAGCCACCUCAGGGGCCCCCUGGAGAUGAAGAACUACUUUCACCGGUUCAACCACCUGCUGCACCUGGAAGAGAUGCAGAUGGAGGUGGAAUUAAGGAAGUUCAACCUCCGCAAUCAAACCAUGACUCGGGACCAAAGCAACAGAAAGCUGCUCACGCUCAAGGUUCCUGGUGUUGCUGAGGAUCGGCCAUCUGUACUUCGUGGGGGCUACCUGAAGGUGUCCAAAUCUGGGGACACAUCAGAGCCGCUCCCUGUUUACCGCGGAAAAGUUCACAAAGUCGAGCUGGAUAGUGUGAAACUGAGCUUCUCUCAGAAGCUGUUGGAGGUUUUUAACAGCAACAUGAAGUUUGAUGUGGAGUUUACUCUCAACCAGUACACUUUGAUGCUGCAGCAUCGGGCGGUGGACUUGGCAGCUAAAUAUAACCUGGAAGACGUGCUGUUCCCAUCUGGUGCAGCAGCGACUAAUCCCUCCCUGCCUCCCUCCCUGCCUACACUCAGGAUGUUUUACAGAGAUCUGGAAAAUAACCCAGAGCAACGUGCUGCAGUCCAGCACAUUGUAGCAGGAUCGUCUAAACCAGCUCCUUAUCUGGUGUUUGGGCCUCCUGGAACUGGAAAGACAAGCACUCUGGUUGAAGCUAUGUACCAGGUUAUCAUGGCUGAUCCAUCAGCCCACAUCCUGGCCUGUGCACCUUCAAACAGUGCAUGUGACUUACUGUUGGAGAGACUGAUGGAGCCCAUGGAUCGUCAACUGGUUUACCGUGUGUACGCCGACAGCCGAGACCCAAGGAGUGUCCCCGAGCACCUGCUGAAAUAUUGUAACUUGGAUAAGAAUCAGCAAGACUUUGUGUUUCCAGGAAAAGAAAUUCUGAUGAAUUUUAAAAUCGUAGUCACAACUAUGUUCACAGCUGGCAGACUCGUGUCUAAAGGAAUCCCAGUCGGUCAUUUCACUCAUGUGUUUGUGGAUGAAGGCGGCCAGGCAGAGGAGCCACAAUGUGUCAUCGCUGUUGCAGGUCUGCUCAACCCACAGAAGGGUCAGUUGGUGCUGGCAGGAGACCCCAUGCAGCUGGGACCCAUCAUCCAGUCUCGUCUUGCAUUGCAUCAUGGACUCGGACUUUCUCUGCUCGAGAGGCUGAUGAAAUAUAACGAUCUAUACAAGACAAGUAAAGACCCCCGCUUCGUUACCAAACUGCAGAGAAACUACAGGUCUCACGCUGCCAUUCUGAAAAUCCCCAAUGAGCUCUUCUAUGACAACGAAGUGCAGGAGUUUGCUGACCAGUGCGACCGUGAGGCGUACUGCAACUGGGAACACCUCCCAAAAAAGGGUUUCCCAGUGAUCUUUCACGGGGUGAUCGGGAAAGACGAGAGAGAGGCCAACAGUCCGUCUUUCUUCAACGUGUCUGAGAUCGAAGUUAUCGUCGACUACCUCACCAAGCUGAUGGAAACACAAGAAAAGAACGGUCUCCCCAAACUCUCUGCGAAAGACAUCGGCAUUAUCGCCCCCUACAGGAAACAAGUUGAGAAAAUCCAAAAAGCCCUGAAGUCUGCCGCGGCGCUGCGUCAGUGGAGUGAAGUCAAAGAGAUCAAGGUGGGGUGUGUGGAGGCGUUUCAGGGAGAUGAGAGGAAGAUCAUCAUGGUAUCGACUGUCCGCAGCAGCAUCAACUGCGUCAAGAUGGACAAGGAUUUCAACAUCGGAUUCUUGUCAAAUCCAAAGAGGUUCAAUGUGGCUGUGACGAGAGCCGGUUCUCUGCUGAUUGUUGUGGGAAACCCUGUGAUCCUCAACAAGGACCCCACCUGGGAGAAGUUCAUCAGCUACUGUGUGAAGGAGAAGGGUUACACUGGAUUGGACCUGAAGGAUAUAGAGAGCGAAGAUUAUGUUGUGUUGACUCUGGCAGCUCUGAACAUGUGUGUGGAUUCUGAACGUUAGCUGAUCUGUAAUAUCUGUAAAAACUGUGAUUGCCUGGAUCAUAACUACAGUUGAAAUACUAAUAUGUUGUACUUGUAUGAGAACAACAUUUUUUGUUCGGGUUUAUACAACUUGAGAAAUUCAACUUGUGUCUUUUCUGCCUGUGUCUCACGUCCUGUUACAGAUGAGAGCCCCCUCCAGCAGCGUGUGGACCCAUAGUGGAAAACAGAAAAACAUCUGCAGUGACAUCGCACACUGCUAAUAUACAGUAUUAGGUUUUUUAGGUUUAACCACAUCAGCAUCAAUUAUUUAGGAAUACUUCAUGUACUUCAGUAACCUUUCUACCAGCAGUUUUGCAUAUUUUGAUGUUUAAUGCCAAAGUGAAUCAGUAAAUCUGGUGUUUGACUUUUCA